AUGGACCCAGAAGACGAGGCACCCGAGCUUAUCGACAUUGACGAUGCAUCUCCUUAUGAGGGACGCACAGGCUCGUCAGUCAAUGAUGGUGAUACCUCAGCUUCCGCUGGGUCAUCAAGAUCAGCUGCAAAGGUCGACGCAUACGAAAGGCGUAAAGUCCCUCUGACGAUUCUGACGGGGUAUCUCGGCGCUGGGAAGUCCACUCUACUAGACUAUAUCCUGAAAGAACAACAUGGGUACAAGAUCGCAGUGUGCAUGAACGACUUUGGCGACUCGACAGACAUAGAAGCCAAGUCUUUGACUCUGACCGACCCCAAUACCGGCGCCCAAUCGUCCCAAUUCCUCUCCCUCCCUAACGGCUGCCUAUGCUGUUCCUUCAAAGAUAUGGGCAUCGCCGCGAUCGAGGAGAUGGCGCACCAAGAGGGUGUUGAGUGGGUCAUGGUGGAGCUCACAGGGCUCGCGGAUCCUGGUCCUAUCAUUAGGGGGUUCUGGGAGAACGAGGAGAUGGGUGAUUUGAUAUUGGAUGGGGUGGUGUGCGUUGUGGACUGCAGGAAUGUGCUCAAGCAACUCUCCGAGCAGAGACCAGCGGGCGAGGUGAAUGAGGCGCAAAAACAAGUAGCUUGCGCGGAUGUCAUCCUCCUCAACAAGACGGAUCUUGUCGAUUCCGGCCGACUGAGCCAGGUCGAGGAGACAAUCAGCGCCAUCAACCCCACUCUACGAGUAUACAAGACUCAACACUCCAUCACCCCCCUGGACGGUCUCUUUGAUCUUCGAGCAUUCACUUCUGCCCCAUUAGCCCCAACUACCAUUCCCCCGGCCUCAUCCCAUACCCACACAUCCGAAAGCUCCGAUCACGCCCACGACGAUAGUCACGAUCACAACGACCGCCCAUCUCAGCCCCACGCGCAUUUUGGUCGAAUAACGACCAUAACCAUCCCCAUACCUUCACUCUCCUCAGAUCAGUUCGAUAGACUACAGCGAUUCCUGGAAGACACGCUCUGGUCUAUACCUGAUCCGCCAUCCGCGACGACGUCGGGUGGGAUAGCAAUCGAGACAGCUGAGAAGGGCGGCCGGCCAGAGGUACUGCGUACGAAGGGCCUCGUCCGGACUGCGGAGGGUCGAGAGUAUGUACUGCAGGGCGUGACGGACGUGUUUGAGCUCAAGGAGUUACCUUCUUCUGGGUCGGGUGGUGGAUCAGCGGCAGACGGUGGGAAGGUGGUAUUUAUUGGGAAAGGUGUAGAUGAGCGACUCAAAGAUAGAUUACUAGCUGCAGUCAAUGUAUAG